AUGUCUCCUACCAAGGUCUAUGUUUGCUCUCAGGAGAAGUGCGGCGAAACUUUCACCAAGUUCACGGAAUUCAAGAGACAUGAGGCUAGGCAUGCAGAAAACGUGUACACCUGCACCUUUCCGGGAUGUGACUUUGCGACGCUGAUAAAAAGAAGCUUCGAUGUCCACUCCGCUAAACAUACCGGCGAGCAACGCUAUGGUUGCCCUCAUGAUUGCACCUUUAGGACCCACGAUCCUUCUGCCUUGACGCGCCAUCGCAAAACAAAACAUGGAUAUGUUCCUCUUCCGCGCAGCGGACGCGGCGGCGGUCGUUCGCUGCCCCCUCCGCAUCAGACAGGACCCCAUCGUCCCAGCCCUCUGCUUCGUCCUACCAAUCACACCCUCACAGCCAAGACCCGUCGUUGGUCUUCUAUGACCCGGUGGAUAGUGAGGACGACUUUACCAUGUUAG